UAAUAUACUUUGCAAUCAAAGAGUUUUUUCUGCUAAAGUUAUCUCUGUGCACCGGGUAUCCAAGGCCAUCAGAAACCUACUAUCCUGGGGUGUAUCGAGAAAAAGCGUAUACGGGAGCAGAGUAAAAUAGGAGUCGUAAUCUCGAGCUCUACAUAGUUUUGAUAGUACAAGUGAAACGAAUGUUUGGCCUUGAAGUAUCAACAAAUAGAUUAGGACUCCAAAUUAGUGUCAUCAGUCGAAGUGGGGCUGUAGUGGUGUUUACUGACCGACCGGAGCAGGGGUGAAGGAAAGAAAGACGCGAGGAUGUCGGUGGCAGGUGAUAAGAUAGAUGAGCUCAACCGGCUUUUUCUCGAGUUCAUGUCAAAGUCCGAAAACGUCGAGUUGGCCACCAAAGAGAUCUACGAGGACCUUCUGGACGAGGUGCUCAUAGGGUUCGUUUUUGACGUUCAUCGAGUGACGAAGACUGGCAGUUCUGACGUCGAGGAGGGAAUACCAGACAACGAGUCCUAUGCCAUUGUGGACUCGCCGGGCCUGGAUGUGUUUGGCCAGCACCCAAUCAAAAAGUCCCAGGAGUGCAGCUGCCCAAACUGCGAGCGCGGCGUCGCGGCCAGCCGAUUCGCAACGCACCUGGAAAAAUGCAUGGGCAUGGGACGCAACAGUUCGCGAAUAGCGUCACGCCGCAUUGCAAACAACUCCAAGGAUCUGACCACCUACACCGGCGCCAUUAGCGACGAUGACGACGACGUCGAUUGGAGCAUGAAUAACGACAAGCGCAAGCGACGUAAGGACCGCAACGGGCUCCGUAAGCUGAAGCAGCCCAAGAUCGGCAUCCUGGGUCAGCAACAGCAGCUCGGAGCUCUAGGCACUGCUUCCGGCUCUGGUAACCAAAAGAACGGCUCGGACUCGGCGAGCGGCGGUCAGCCAGAGUUCGGCCAGACCAGCAGCGAGAGCAGCUCGCCCAGCAACUACGAGAACAUGACCUUGGAGGAGAAACGCGUCCUACUGCAGCAGAUCUGCGGUGUCGUGUCGGGGCACACGAAGAAACUGUGUACGCGCUCCAUGCGGUGUCCACAGCACUCGGACGAGCAACGUCGCGAGAUGCGAGCCAGCCUCGAGGCGAGCGUGGUCCAGCAGGACGGUGUGCACAUCGACAUAGAUACCUACGAGGAGUCUGACGGCCAGAAUUUGCGCGAGAGCCUGGCCAGGUGGGAGCGCGAUCGGGAAGGCUCCAGCCCCGCGGACUCGGCCUCGACUACCUCGACUUCGUCCUCUCUCGUCGGCCGCAAGCGCGAGAGCAAGUCCAAGGGCAAGAACAAGGCCUCCAAACGUGACCGCGUCUCUCCCUCGUCUCAGGCCGACUGAGCCCACGUUGCCGGCGAUCCGCGACUCUGAGCACCGCUGUUGCGCUCUUUACUGUCUGCUGACUAUGUCCCGCGACCUUGAUUCCGCAUGGGCUUCCUAAUUAACGUCGUUCGUCGUCCUCGUCAGUGUCGUUGGUCGUGGUGUGUCGGUGACGCCUGUAACUGACUAUUAGCUCGUGGUUGAGCUGAGAAAAAAAAAAAAAAAUUGCAUUGUAAUUACCUCAAGUGAUUUGACAGUGUGCAUUAAAUCAAUGCAAAAUGAAUUCUUCACCCCAAGCUCGAAUCUGCCUUUGUACUACACUGAAAGAAAAAAAAUUAAUGUAACAUAAGCAGCUGAGAAGUCGUUGCUCUGCUUGGACGGUGUUUAGUGGUAAGAGAGUUAAUUUCCUCUCUCAAAAGUAGUUGUAAAAAAGAGUCUUGUUCGAGUGUACGUAGUUAAUGUGUCUUUGGUUGUUUUGACAGAAAAUGUUUCAAAAGUUGAGGUAGAAAGGUAUAAAUAUAGAAAAGAAAAACUUGAAUAUUUAACGAUGUUCCUGAGAAUUUCGUACAAAAUACAUAUGUUUUUUUAGGAAAAAAAAAACAACUAUUAUGAAUUAAUAAAAUUGUAAGUAAUGAUCAUAAGACCUUGCAACAAUGCCGUUGUAAAUAAUUGCGCUUGGAUGUAAAUUUUUUAAAUAGCAGGGAAUUUUAUAAAUGCACGGAUGUGUGCAUUUAUAAAAUUAAUAUGAUUACAUAUGAUGUGAACAAUGUAAAUCCAAUUGUUUGAAUGUUUUAGUUUUUUUAAAUCUGUAAGCCAUCUGUAAGAUUCAAAUUUUAAUUCAAGUAACUUUGAUGAUAUGGUGGUUAAUGUGUUAAAACACGGAAGUACCGCUUAAACUAAAUUAUAAAAUAGAGG